UGAUUUUAAUAAUAUUGUCUAUGAUAAUCUUUAUAAUAACAUGCCUACUGAUUCUAUUACUAUUGUAUCUAAGUUUUUUAACAUUAUUGCAAAAAAUUUUGAUAGCAUUACCUUUAAUAACCUUAAUACUAUUAUCUUUAGUGAUUUUAAUAAUAUUAUCAAUGAUAAAGGUAAACAUGAUGACCAAUAUGAUAAUAAUUUGGAAGUGCUGAUAUAUAACUUAGAUGAAGUGCAUGAAAUUAUUGCUAAAAAAUUUGAAGAAACAGAAAUAUUUGAUAAUCUUGUAAAAUUUAUUCUUGAAGUUGAAUUAAAUCAUGAUCUUCUUGAUAAAUUCUUUUUAGAUUAA